AUGGCAAAAAUUUCCUAUAAGGAGAGAUUUUAUAGUAGUAUUGGAAUGUUUCUUCAUGUACUCUUUGUGGCUGGUCCUUUGGACUUUUGGUACUGGAUUAGAUCCAGUUUGAAGUCUGUAAAUGGACGUACUGUUGUUAUCACAGGCGGUGCAUCCGGCAUUGGUAAACGUUUAGCUGAAUUAUUAGCCAUCCGUUUCGGUGCCAAAGUUGCUAUUUUGGAUAUAAACGAACAUGGUGCGCAAGAGACAGUGGACAACAUUAUUAGAGGUGGCGGUAUUGCGCAUUGCUGGAGAUGUGACAUAAGCCGGGCGGAGGAAGUGAACGAUUGCGCCCGACAAAUUGACUUCACAUUUGGAAAUGUCGAUAUCGUAGUCUGCAAUGCGGCCAUUUUGUACAUUGGAGGAAUGCUGGAUUUGACGACAGCUCAACUGCAGAACUCACUCGAUGUCAACGUGAUGGGCACCAUCAAUACAAUUCGAGCAUUUCUUCGUUCGAUGGAACAACGAAAUGAAGGACAAAUAGUUGCAAUUUCGUCAAUUGCUGGUUUCUGCGGUGAAACGAACGGUAUUGCAUAUUGCAGUACGAAAUUUGCCAUUAGAGGUGUAAUGCAAUGUCUGCAAAUGGAAAUGAAAGACAAAGGUCUGAAUGGUAUACGAUGCACGACAGUAUGUCCGUACUUCACACGAACACCGAUGAUUCUGAAUUUAGGAAUGAGACCUACAUCCAUAUGGUUGCCAUUUAUGUCGGUUGAUCGCUGUGCAUGCCAAAUUGUUGAUGCUAUUCUGAGAGAGAAAAGUAUCGCAUUUGUGCCACAUUAUAUUAGUAUCAUCGCACAAUUGAAAGGGUUGUUAUCGGAACGUGUGGAAAGUGCCUGUCGAGAAUAUCUGAACUGUCGAUAUGAACCACUAAAACAUGAAGAAGUGGAAAUGAAAGAGAUAACGAUUGCCAAGAAAACGGAUUACUUUAAAAAAUUGGACGCUAGCAAGAAAUAUGUAUUUUUUGUCGCUUAUCUCAUAUUAGUGACCGGUUAUUUGAUAAUGCAAGGUAAUGUGCAAAGCAUACUGCAAACAUUGGUAAUGUUAAUCAUUUCAUCGAAUUUCGUGCUAGCAGUUUGGGCAUUGCAUAUGACAUGGUAUGAUGCACAUUGGUUCGGUCAGUUCGGUGUAUCAGGAAAAUUCUUGGAACUUCUAGGCGUACGUUUCCCAUCAUUCUUCAUAGCAACCAACUUGUUCGCACUGAUAGCACAUCUCGGUGAAUCAAUGUAUUCUCUAAAAUUGUGCAAUCUGCUGCGUAUAUCACGAAAUAAUACGUUAAAAUGGAUGCUGCAAACAUUUAUUCUUGGUUAUCCAUCACUACGAAUACUUCUAAGUCGAAAUGUCAUGUCUCGGUAUCGAUGA